AUGACGGUUCGAGCGACUUAACGCGUCAGUACGAGAAGAGCUGAAUAAAAACACGACACGAAAAAAAAAACGUUCUAUUUAUUUGUUAACACUUAUAGAUGCGCGCGCGUAUCUUUAAAAUACUAAAAAAAUAUUUUAUAAAAAUUUCGAGUUUAAUUUCAAUUAAAAGUUGAAAAAAAGUAAUCAUUUAAAAUCAAUUAACCAGUUAAGAGCUACAAAACUAAUUGCAGCAACCAACUACACAACUGUGAUAUUUAUUAACAAAACUCAACCUCAACAAAAUAAUAACACACAAACAUUCCAAAAUGUCUGACUACUUUGAUGAAUUGGGUCAUACACCCACUGGUCCAGAGGGGGCCAAUGAUUUCGAACGCAACUAUAAACGUCUACAGGUAUUGGCCAUAAUGAACGGCAUUGAUAUGGAAAUUGAAGUACCUGAGGCUUCCAAAAGAGCCAUUGCUGAAUUGCCAGUACAUGAAAUCACCAUCGACGAUGAUAAAGAGAAUUUGGAGUGUGCUGUGUGCAAACAACCAGCAGAGAAUGGUGAAAAAUAUAAAAUAUUACCCUGUAAACAUGAAUUCCAUGAGGAGUGUAUAUUAUUGUGGUUGAAAAAGGCCAACUCCUGUCCCAUGUGCCGCUAUGAACUGGAAACGGAUGAUGAGGCUUAUGAGGAAUUAAGACGUUAUCGUCAGGAUGAAUCAAAUCGUCGUGAAAGACAAAAUAAUUUAUUAGAUUCUAUGUUUUCUUAAUUAGUUUAGCGUACUUUUGGUUUAUUUGUAUUUUUUUUUUUUUAUUUAAGGCAGUGGAAUAUUUAGAUUUGGUUUUAUUUGGAACAAAUUUUUAUUUUUUUUUUAUUAAGCCUAAAAGUAGACUUUCAAUUUCGGUUAUAGAACUGUGGUACAAUUGGUAUAAGGUAAAAAAUAUAUAUGGAAAAAUGGAACACAAAUUUUAAUGAAUGGGAUUAUGCAUAAA